GUCCAUCAGCAGGAUGGAAAGUACGUGAGUGCUGACGAGGAAAUUAGAGCGGUCCCCAGCAGUCGUUGUGUAAGCAAAGAGCGGGGUUAACGAGGUUAUGGUGGGGAUGCAGCUACACCACCACCAAUAUAUAGUACCAUUCACCAAAUUAAACCACCUACACAGCUGCAUAGCCCAGGAUACAGUACUACACAAACUUGCUUCAAACUUCAAACCAUAUCUCUCUCUCUCUCUCUGCAGGCAAGGCAGUCUUGAAAAACAAACACUACUCCUGCACUUAUACCAAAGCACUCAAAAUCUCCCAGGCAGCAGCUACUUGAUAAAAAAGUCAAUCACACCCUUUCCUUUCAUCAUUAAUACUUGUAUGACUUGUUUAUCUUUUUCUCCUCUCAUUCUUUUUUUCCCAGGAAGUGCUUUGCUUUGCUUUGCUUUUAUGUAGAAAGAUGGUGCAAAAUUUUGUAAAGACUAAUGGUUGCUUUUGCAGGCGGAAUAGUAGGCAUGGCCACAACAGCAGCUUAUCCUCCACACACAGAAGCCCCUGCUUUUACAAGAGCACAAUGGAAAGAGCUUGAGAGACAAGCCAUGAUUUAUAAGUACAUGGUGGCUUCUGUUCCUGUCCCUCCUCAGCUCCUCUCCUCUGAUUUCUCAGCUCCCACUACACCUAUGGGACUUGGGCCACUUGGCUAUGCUUCGAUAUUUAACUUGAAAUAUGGAGAUAAUAAGGAUCCAGAGCCAGGCAGGUGCAAGAGAACUGAUGGGAAGAAAUGGAGGUGCUCUAGAGAUGUGGCUCCUCAGCAGAAGUACUGUGAGAGGCACAUGCAUAGAGGCCGUCCCCGUUCAAGAAAGCCUGUGGAACCACAACAUCAACAGCAAGUCUCUUCUUCUCCUAAAAGCAACAAAAAAACUCGCUUGGUUUCUGCUGCACCACCACCUCCUGGCUCCCCUGGGCUUCUGGGAUCAACUAAUGAACUUGGCAACAACAGCCCAUCUCCACUGUUACUCAAGACUGUCUCCAAAGUUGAAGAAGAUGUCUCUCUUUCUUUAUACACUCAACAUUCCCAAAACAGGGAGAUGGAGUGGAUGAUGGAGAGUAAGAUGAUGACAAUGGAAACAUCAGAGCAGCAAUGGCAUCAGAUGAUGAGUCAAGGCUCUGUUUACAACACUAGUCCAACUGAUCCAUCUAUAUUUCAACAUAAUAAUUAUGGUGUAGAAGAACAGCAACUGGGUUUACUUUCCCUUCCACAAAUUGGGGACUCCAGCACUGAUGAUUACAAUUUGUUUAUGAAUUCAUACAAUCCCCCCAGGGACUUUAUUGAUGCCUGGUCUACUGACAACAAUCCCAACUCAGAAACUAUCAAGAAUGAUGCCACUUGUGGUGUAAAUAAUAUGAAUCUCUCUCCUUGUUCUCUAAAUCUCUCCAUGGCUAUGGGGGUGAAUGAUUGUGAAAUGGGGCAGAUUCAAAUGCUGGAAGAAGGCAAUGAACCAAGUCAAAAAUGCAAUGGUCUGAGCUGGUUAAGCCCUGUUUCUUGGAAUGCAUCUGCACCUGGUGGUCCAUUAGCCGAGGUCCUCAGGCCUAGCAAUGUUAUUGUGAAUUCAAAUCCAGGGUCUCCUUGUGCCGAAAAAAAUUGCGAUACAAUCAGCCCUCAGGAAACCUCUCCGUCCGGGGUCUUGCACAGAACAAUGCUAUCGUUAUCCGAUAAUAGUGUCUGCAACAGCCCAACAGUAGCUGCUGCAGCACCGGAGUUUGUUGGGUUCCAGUGGCUAAACUAAAUGAUUGAGCAAAUGGAAGAAUCAUGUUUUUUGGAAUUUUAUUAAGGAUGUUCUUGGUCUUAUCUUUUACUAUGUUUUCUUGAUUUUCAUUUGCCACCUAAUGUAGAUUUUUAUAGUUUGUUUUUCCAAAUUA